AUGAAUAUAUUUGAUAAACAGAAAUGUUGUGUAUGUUCAAAGGGUCUUUAAAUAUUGUAUUAAUGCUUUUAUUGUUUUAGGCUUAUGCGUUUUUCAAGUUACUGUAAAAAGUGUCAUUAAAGUGUUUGCAUGUCUUGUAGUACUAAUCGAAUAAAAGUAUAUUAAGAUCUUUAAAUAUAGUUAUAUUCAAUACCAAAUGAAAUGGUAUAAGAUUUUGAUAAACCAUAAAGAGUUUGUGAUAAUUGUUAUAAAGAUUAUCUGUAUUAUUAAGACUUAAUAACUAAAUACAACUUAUAAUGGAAUACUAAAUCUCUUUUCUUUAACAUAUUGUUAGGAGAGAAGAAGAGAAAGAUUAAAAUAUAAUAGCCUUUAGAGCUCAAUGAAAAAUAAAAUAUUGAAAAGGAUAUUCUUACUGGAAGAUCUGAUGCACAUCUGUUAAAUUAUAGUAUAAGAGAAUUUGUAACUUAAUGUUAAUAAGGACAAACACUUUAAUAGAUUAGGAGUUCAAUAAUUCGAGUUUUAGAAUUAUUUAUAGUUCAUCAUCCAACUAUUGGUUAUUGUUAAGGAAUGAGUUUUAUAGCUACUAUUUGCUUAUGUUUAUCAGAUGAAGAAGGAGCAUUUCAUAUUAUGAAUCAUCUAUUUAGUGUUAUUAUACCAUUUAGAUUCUUUUCAAGCUCUUCUGGAGCAUCCUUAAUUGGUUAUUAAGCUGAAAUUAAUUUUAUUAAAGAAAUGAUUCUAGUCAAUGAUUUUUAAGAGAAAACAAAAUUAGUUAAAUUUGUUGAGCUUUAAGGACCCUAAUUCUUAUUAACUUUAAUGAUAUAAGUCUUAAAUAUUAGUUCAUUAUUAGUGACUUGGAAGGAAAUGUUUAAAAUCAAAUCAUUUAUUCCUAUUGAUAAAGCUGUCUUAUAUACAUUGAAGACUGCUGUUAUUAAAAAUGUUGAUCUAAUGUCAUCAAAACCUCUCAAUAUUCUUGGAAAAUGUAAAUAUAUUUACUAUAUUUAACUUAGUUGUUUAUUAUACUAAUUUAAUUGAAAUAUUUUAAAAUGAAAAUAUUUACUUUACAAAAUUUGAAAGAAUAAUUUAUAUUGAAUAAUUUUACUCAAAAACAAGUCGUUCUUGGGUGAGUAAUGAUUCCAAUAUCUUAAAUAAAUUAAAAAAUAUAUCCAAUUUCGAAGUUGAUGAAAUUGCAUCUUUACAAAUUGAAUUUAAAAAGAAUUGUUUAGAUCAAAAGAUUGUUUAAAUUAAUUAAUAAUAAAGAUAAAGUAUAAAAUAACUAGCUCAAUUGACUGAUUCAUCAGAUGAAGAAGAUGAUGAAUAUAGACAAUAAUUAAUUAUCUAAUAAUUUAAACUUUAAAAAUAUGGAAUCAACUUUGAAACAUUUAUUUAUUAUAUGGUAAUAAUACUCAUUUAUCUAGAUAUAUAUAGGAUAUAUUUUAACAAAAGGAAAUCUCAGAUUCUCCUUUAGAUUAAGAAUAAUUUAAAUUAGUUUUUAAUUUAUUUGAUGAAAAUAAAUCAGAACUCUUAGAUUUUAGAGAAUUUCUUAUUUGUUUAAGUAUUUUAUUAAGAGGUUCUUUUGCUGAAAAAUUUAAGAUGUUUUUUACAGCUCAUACAUCAACAGUUUUAUAAUUUUAUGAGUUUUAAGCACUUUUAUCUUUACUAAUACCUUAAUAAAUUCAAAUUACACAAGAGUACAAGCAAUUUUUAUAAAGAAUUAAAAGAUCUUAAUUUAAUUACUUUGAUAUGUUAAAUGUAUUAAAAGAUCCUUUCCUUAUUAAAAUAGAAGAUUUAAAGUAGUAAUAAAAAUAAUAGAUUUAAAAAUUAAACACAUAUAAUAGAUUUAUAAAUGGAUGA